AUAGCUGACACUCUUUCUCCUUCACAGGAUAGAGACAUGAUGAUGCCUGCCCCUGGCCCGUAUCAGAAGCUAGAGCGAGGCUGGCAAACCAAGGGGAGGACUGGAAGCCUUCAGAGCCCCCAGAAAUUUAACAAUCAGGACUUCACCCACUUGAGAGACUACUGCCUGAGCCGAGGCCUGCUGUUUGAAGAUGACACCUUCCCAGCACAUGUCAGUUCCAUUGGUCCCAAUCUGCUCUCAGAAGACAAGCUGAGCCGCCUACAGUGGAAAAGACCAACGAUGAUUGAGAGAAAUCCCCAUUUAAUUGUGGAUGGUGUUAGCAGAUUUGAUAUCAUUCAAGGAGAAAUAGGUGAUUGCUGGGUUCUGGCUGCCCUGGGAUCUUUGACAUUACAGAGGCAAUUUCUGGAAAAUGUUCUGCCAAAGGACCAAGGAUUCAAAGAGAAUUAUGCUGGGAUUUUUCAUUUCCGGUUCUGGCAUUUUGGAGACUGGGUGGAUGUGGUGAUAGAUGACCGGCUGCCUUUUCUCAAUGGGAGGUACCUGUCUGUUCAACCGUGCAGCAGAAAUGAAUUCUGGCCAUCCCUGCUAGAAAAAGCAUAUGCCAAGUUCCGAGGCUCCUAUCAGAAUUUGCACUGGGGUUACAUUUCCGAUGCGUUAGUAGACUUGACAGGUGGAGUCCAAGUGCAGUUUCUUUUACAGAAACCUCCUUCUGAUCUGCAGGAGAUAAUAAAAGCAGCUGCCAAAUCACAAUGCCUGAUGGGAUGUACCACGCCAGGAGGGCAAUCCAUUGGUAACGUGGAGUUGGAGAACGGACUCGUGAAAGGCCAUGCCUAUACUGUCACCGGGGCUAGAGAAAUACCAUACAAGAAUGGCUGGGAAGAUAUAAUCAGAGUGUGGAAUCCUUGGGGUCACGGGGAAUGGAGAGGGCCUUGGAGUGAUGGCUCUCCCCAGUGGGAUCGAGUUCCAGUUGAAUAUAAGAGAGAUCUCUGUGAAGAUAAGGACGAUGGAGAAUUCUGGAUGUCAUAUCAAGCUUUCACAGAGCAAUUUUUCUUGCUGUGUAUUUGCGAUAACACCCCGUCAUUUCUGGACUUUGGAGAUCAGCAUGGUACAAAGUGGUCCCUGGCCAUGUAUGUAAACCAAUGGGCUCGAGGACUCACUGCAGGUGGAAGCAACUAUCAUAAUGCAGGUGCAUUUUCAAGGAACCCCCAGUACUUUAUCCAAGUGGAGGAGCCUGACCUGAAAAAGUAUAAUGUGGUGGUGUCACUGAUGCGAAAACCUGUCAAUAAUAUGACAGAUGCACAAAAAUUGUUCACAGGCUUUUUGAUCUUCAGGGUUGAACCCGAGUUCCAGGGCCUGAGGGACAGAUUGCCAGUUGCAUUUUUCUCUCAGUAUAAAUCCAAAGUUCUGAAGUGCGGUUUGAACGUGUCAGCCCGAGAUGUCACCAAUUACUUUUACUUGAGCCCCGGGACCUAUGUUGUUGUUCCAGCCACAUCAGAAGAAGGCCAAGAGGCUGAAUUCCUCCUACGAAUCUUUCUGAGGUGCCAAGACUCCAAUGAGGACCUGAAAAGCAGCCUCAGCCCAGUGAUGCCAAAGGACAUACCCAAGCAGAGUCAAGACAACGCCUCUGAAAACAUCUUCCUCAGAUAUGCUACACAGGGUUCAGACCUCAAUGCCUCACAGCUGCAAAGGCUCCUCAAUGAAGUGUUCCUGAAAGAUCGUCUGGCCAGCCCGGGCGGAGGAUUCUGCUUUGAGUCAUGCAGAGGCAUUUUAGCUCUGAUGGAUCUCAAGUCUAAUGGAAGACUCUCCCUGCAAGAAUUUAAGCACCUCUGGAAACUCCUUGCUCAGUACAAGGACAUUUUCAGGAGGGUAGAGGGAACCGAUUCCGGAUUCCUGGAUGUCUCCGAUUUGAGGAAUGCAGUACAGAGAGCAGGCCUGGCUGUUGAUGACCAGCUCCUCCAUGUGACGGCUCUAAGGUACAGCGAUUCCUCCAUGAGAAUCUGUUUCCCUGAUUUUGUGUGCUGCAUGAUCCGGCUCAAAACCAUGGCAAGUGUAUUUCGCAGUUUAUCAAAGGAUGGAAAGAUUUGCUUCACUGCAACAGAGUGGAUGAUUUUUACCAUGUACUGCUAA